UUUCCUCAUGAGAUAGAAUGAUAGACCAUAUAAAUAUUUGCCAAAAUCAUUGGAGCUCCCGCCCAACAAGGAAAAUUAUAAAAAUAAAUAAAUAAUUUUGACCACCCAUUCUUCAAUGCAUGCAUGUAUAGUGUACGUAUAUAUAAACUUCCUCCAUUGUUGAGGGGUUCUUUCAGUGCCUUGUGGAAGCCAUUGAGGGAGAGGGUUCUUUCAGAGCCUUGUGCGUGGAAGCCUUUGAGGGAGAGAUUUUGGAUUAAUAAAUCCAUUAAAGAAGGGAAUAAUGUCUCCUGGUUUUAUCAGUGACGAAUUGGCGUAUAGCUCUAAUCCUUACGCUACUAUCCUGAAGAGAAACGCGGAUAGUUGUAUUCCUGUUUUUUGUGACGAAAUGCUGGAGAGUAAGAGGCCGAAGAGAGCACCGAGUAUAGCUGACUGCCUUGGGAGCAACGAAAUCCGGAAUAGCUUAUCCCGGGUUCACUUCAGGGAUCACGUCUUGGCUUACAGCCAGAGGUUCCUCGCCGCCGAAGCCGUGGAGCUGCAGGCGGCGGACGAGAUGAUCGGCGGCUCGGAUAACGGCGAGAGUUCCGACGGGAUGAAGCUGGUUCAGCUUCUCAUUUCCUGCGCCGAAGCCGUGGCUUGCAGGGACAAGUCACGCGCUUCGGUUUUGCUGUCGGAGCUACGCUCCAGCGCGUUGGUUUUCGGGACGUCGUUCCAGCGCGUGGCGUCCUGCUUCGUGCAGGGGCUGGCGGACCGGCUCGCCCUGGUUCAGCCGCUCGGGACGGUCGGGUACCUGACUCCGGCGGAUGCCGCCGGCGACGCCGCGUCGGAGAAGGACGAAGCGCUCCGGCUGGUUUACGAGAUUUGCCCGCACAUUCAAUUCGGUCAUUAUAUAGCCAACGCUUCUAUUGUAGAAGCCCUUGAGGGAGAGAGUUUCAUUCAUGUGGUGGAUUUGGGCCUAACAUUGGGCCUUCCACAUGGACAUCAAUGGCGGCACCUGAUCCAACGCCUCGCCUCCUCCAACCGCCCCUUGCGCCGCCUGAGAAUCACGGCGGUCGGAACAUUAGUCGAACGCUUCCGAUCCAUCGGAGAAGAGCUCAAGGACUACGCAAAUGAGCACGGAAUAAACCUAGAAUUUUCAAUCGUCGAGAGCAAUUUGGAAACCCUAAAAGCAUCGGACAUAAAAAUCGUCGACGGCGAGGUCCUCGCCGUGAACAGCGUCCUCCAGCUCCACCGCGUCGUGAAGGAGAGCCGCGGCGCUCUCAACUCCGUCCUCCAAAUCAUCCACGAGCUCUCGCCGAAGAUCCUGGUGCUGGUGGAGCAGGAUUCCGGCCACAACGGCCCCUUCUUCCUCGGCAGAUUCAUGGAGGCUCUGCACUACUACUCCGCCAUUUUCGAUUCCCUGGACGCGAUGCUGCCGAAAUACGACACGAGGCGGGCGAAGAUCGAGCAGUUCUACUUCGCGGAGGAGAUUAAGAACAUUGUGAGUUGUGAGGGGCCGGCGAGGGUGGAGAGGCAUGAGAGGGUGGAUCAAUGGCGGCGGAGGAUGAGUCGGGCCGGGUUUCAAGCCGCCCCGAUAAAGAUGGUGGCUCAAGCCAAGCAGUGGCUGGCUAAGACGAGCCCUUGUGAAGGAUACACCGUCACAGAAGAAAAGGGUUGUCUCGUGCUCGGAUGGCAUUCUAAGCCCAUUGUGGCCGCCUCUUGUUGGAAAUGCUAAACAAUAAACAUUCUCGGAAGGGUGUCUGUUGUAAGACAUGACUCAUCGAGUCUCCCUUUGAUCCAAAAAAAACAUCCUCGGUAUCGUUUCAGCUCCAAAUAACACAACUAAUCCGUUCUUGGUUUAGUGGAAAGUGCAAGUUUUUUAAUUCCAAUAAAAGCGAGCCGGUAAAUGGAGGUGUCCCAAGUUCAUUUUCUGAACUUGUGUUGUACAUCUCAUUACAAAGAUCAUAGCA